AUGGAGAGGCUUCUGUAUUCAUCUUCUCCUACAACUCUAAAAAUCCACCUCAAAAAGCCCACUCCUUUGGUCCCUAGACUCAGCAAACUUGAGUUACCAAAACUUGGUUUUCCCUCUUUGACAAGGCCUGAGUUCAGGCGAGUCAACUCGGUUUCUUGCAAACAUGAGGACCCAUCAACCCCAUUUAUUAAAUUGCCAUCUCCGUCUCCUCUUCAGGUUUUUUCAUCAACUGGAUCGACGCCAAAAUCCCGCCUCGUCAAACAGAUCGUUGAUGGAGUUUCUGUGAAGUCCAAGGCAGCUACUGUUGGGAUAUUCAUGGUAGUUUCUGCUCUUAUCAUGUUCUUAAUCCACCCAGUUUUCACAUUGCCAGCUUUGGCAACCUUCCAAACUGCUGCCAAGACUGGAGGGCCUGCUGCUGCUGCAGUAGGGGCAAAAUUUAUGAGAACUGAACUACUGACCAGUGCUUGGGCUGGUUUUUUUGCUGGUUGCUUACACACACUGUCAGGGCCUGACCACCUUGCUGCUUUGGCUCCACUCUCAAUUGGCCGAUCCCGCAUGGAAAGUGCUGCUGUUGGAGCUCUUUGGGGUUGUGGCCACGAUGCAGGUCAGGUCAUAUUUGGCUUGCUAUUUCUACUGCUAAAGGAUCGGCUUCAUAUUGAAGUUAUCAGAACUUGGGGCACAAGAGUGGUUGGUCUAACUCUACUUGUUAUUGGUGCUAUGGGUAUUAGGGAGGCUUCAGAGGUCCCAACUCCAUGUGUUGCCUUAGAAAAUGGUGAGUGUGAUGUUGGUGUCUACGAAGCACUAGAAACUCCAACAGUAGGGAAGAAAAAGAUUGGUUUUGCAACUUUUGCUACCGGUAUUGUCCAUGGACUACAACCAGAUGCAUUGAUGAUGGUGUUGCCUGCACUUGCAUUGCCUUCUCGUGUGGCUGGGGCUGCAUUUCUGAUUAUGUUCUUGUUUGGGACUGUGGUUGCAAUGGGUAGCUACACAGUAUUUAUAGGGUCAUGUAGUGAAGCAUUAAAGGACCGAAUACCCAGAAUAACUGAGAAACUCACAUGGGCUUCAUCACUUGUAGCAAUUGCCCUUGGCCUGGGCAUUAUCGUUAGCCAGUUUUUCGGAUUCAGUUUAUACUGA